ACUCGUAUAUGAAAUAUAAAAAAGUUGGGAUGGCAGACAACAAGGGAUGAAUGCUUGUUUAUCUGAAAUUGGCAAUAAUCAACAUGAAUUCACCAAUGGGCAAGCAUAGAAUAUACCGUUAAGAGACAUGCUUGGAAUACCCGUCAGCAUGUAAACAAUAAUAUUAGCAGCGAAGUGGCCUAAGACAAAGCAAGACGGGGAUUGGAGAACAGCAAGGCGUGAGAAUCAAAAGUGGAGUCCUACAUAUAAAACCCCAGUUCUCAUGAACCAUUUCCUGCACUAAUGAAUCACAUUCUUUUGUAGCACCAGGCUUAAUAGUAGGCGGAUCGAGGGGGAUUAAAAAGAACAAGUAAGAAUGGCACUUCCGUCAAACCUGGCAUCCUCCCCAGCAAGCCCCGACUGGAUGAACAAAGCAGACAAUGCAUGGCAGCUGACAGCCGCAACACUGGUGGGGAUGCAAAGCGUGCCGGGCCUCAUAAUCUUAUACGGAGGAGCGGUGAAGAAGAAAUGGGCAGUGAAUUCAGCAUUCAUGUCGCUCUAUGCGUUUGCGUGUGUUUUCGUGUGUUGGGUGACAUGGGGUUACAGGCUGUCAUUCGGGGACAAGCUCGUUCCGUUCUGGGGAAAGCCUGCCCUGUCGGUGGACGAGAAUUACCUCUUCAAGCCGGCUUUUUUGGGACUGUUCCCAAACGCCACGAUGAUGUAUUUCCAGGGUGUAUUUGCGUGCAUCACUUUGAUCUUGAUCGCGGGGGCCCUGUUGGGCCGCAUGAAUUUCUACGCAUGGAUGCUGUUCGUGCCUCUCUGGCUCACCUUCUCCUACACCUUCACAGCUUUUAGCAUCUGGAGUCCCAAUGGGUUUCUGUCCAAGAUGGGCUUGAUAGACUACUCCGGAGGAUACGUCAUCCAUCUCUCCUCCGGGGUCGCGGGAUUCACCGCAGCAUAUUGGGUGGGCCCGAGGCUAAACAAGGACCGAGAAAGGUUUCCUCCCAACAACAUACUGCUGAUGCUGGCAGGAGCGGGACUGCUGUGGAUGGGCUGGACCGGCUUCAACGGAGGAGACCCUUACUCGGUGAGCAUGGACGCCUCCUUGGCCGUGUUGAACACCCACGCCUGCACUGCCACCAGCCUCCUCACCUGGGUCGUGCUCGACGUCAUCUUCUUCCGCAAGCCUUCCGUCAUCGGUGCGGUUCAAGGCAUGAUCACCGGCCUCGUUUGCAUCACCCCUGCCGCAGGUGUUGUGCAGGGAUGGGCUGCCAUCCUCAUGGGCAUAUGCUCCGGCUCCAUUCCCUGGGUGACCAUGAUGGUGGUCCACAAGAGAUCCAAGCUGCUCCAGAAGGUGGACGACACUAUGGCCGUGUUUCACACUCACGCCAUCGCCGGGUCUCUCGGAGGAAUCCUGUCGGGCCUCUUCGCCGAGCCUAAGCUCAGCUUUCUGUUCUACGGCGCCUACAACGAAUACGUGGGCCUCUUCUACGGUCUCCAAAUGAACGACUCCAGAACCGGGUUCCGACAGGUCGGGGUCCAACUCCUGGGCAUCUUGUACGUCACGCUGCUCAAUGUCAUCUCCACCAGCUUGAUAUGUCUGCUCAUUCGACUGUUGAUGCCUUUAAGGAUGUCGGAGGAGGAUAUGGAGAUAGGGGAUGAGGCUGCUCACGGGGAAGAAGCGUAUGCUAUAUGGGGCCAGGGUGACAAGCUUGACAGCUCCGUUUCCAAGUAUGCGAGUUCCUUGUAUGACGAUGUUGAGGCUGCGGAGGCCAGGAAGAAGCGUGCGUCGCAAGUUGUUGAGAUGACGUAGAAAAUACACUUUAACAUCCGCCCCACCUUCGCAUAACGUGCUUUCAGAAUAAGAGCUUCCUCCAGCCUUAGCUUACCACCUCGCCUUUUCUAAUGCUGCGUACGUACAGUUCGUUAUUCAUAAUAAGCAAGAUUGUAUUAAUUGACGCCUCUUCUCUGUAAUGGGAAACGUGCAUGUCAUCUUGGCUUUAUAUUC